UGGGCGGCUUUCGCUGUGAGUCGUGAAUGGGUCGGAAGGCUCUGAGAGGUAGGCGGGCUCAAAGGCGGUAGUGGGUGGGUGACGCUGCCAGAAUAGUCGCUACCCAUCCCGGAUGUAGGCGAACGAUGACGGCAGCGAUUGGACAGCAGGAGGUGUCACCCCCUCGAAACGAUGUCCAGCCCCUGGUGGUGGGCGGGGAGUAGAAGACCUAGCCUCAUUGGACGCCUAUCCCGGAUGUCGGUGUAAGGUGACGGCUGAGAUUGGAUAGCCGCGGCCGUCACUCAACACGAGAGCGCGCGCGGCCCGCGAGGAGGGAGAAGCCAGUCGGACGAACGGUUGGAGUGGGCGCCAUUUUGUUCGAGACACCGCCAUUCGAUCGGGGAAAAGAUUUUAUUUCUGUGCGACUGUGUUAGGGGGUGGGGGAAAGAGAUCGAUUUGAACCGAGGCGGGUUUAAAAAUAAAAGUGGAGCGGGGAGGGGGGGAGAUUGAAAAAAAAAAUGAAGAUCUUUGUGGGGAAUAUCCCGAGCGAAGGGACCGUGGACGAGCUGAAGACGCUGUUCGGCUACUACGGCACGGUGCGGGAGUGCGACAUCAUCCGGCAUUACGGCUUCGUGCACAUGGACAGCGCCGAGGAGGCGAACCAGGCCAUCGCCGCCCUCAACCAGUACGAGCUGCACGGCCAGAAGCUCAACGUGGCCGAGUCCCGGCCCCGGCCUGCCGCCGUCACCAAGGUCUACGUCGGUAACCUGGCGGCUGGCUGCAGCAACCAGGAGCUGAGGGCCAAGUUCGAGGAGUACGGCCGGGUGGUGGAGUGCGACAUCGUCAAAGACUAUGCUUUUAUACACAUGGAGAAGGAGGAAGAUGCAAUGCAAGCGAUUGCCAGUCUGGAUAAUCAGGAAUUCAACGGGAACAAGCUCAGGGUUCAGCUCUCCCGGUCGACCUAUGGAAAGUCUGGUGGGCAGCGGGAUGUGUGCCAACGCUGUGGAAGGCAGGGUCACCAGGCCCGAGAUUGCCACUCGGUGCGCUAUAACCAGUAUAGCCAGUACCAGUACCAGGCUCAAUAUUACCCCUCUUACUAUUCAUACUACGAUUACGAUUAUGGCCACGGUUCCUAUUACGACUAUUAUGAAGAUUAUCAGACCGCGGGUGCUGCCGCGGGUUAUGCGCCACUUGAGUAUGUGAGAGAGAGAAGCCCCAACCGCUUGGGCACAGCCGUAGUAGGGGCCAACAACUGCACCCUAUAUGAGCGUACCCGCCUGUCACCACUCACCGUGCCAAAAUAUCAGACCGAGAAAUACAUAGACGAUAGCAUCAGCAGGUAUGUAUCUGCUCCAGACCAAACACCCGGGGAGUCAAAGGGGGACUGCGAGGCUUCUCAGUUGGGGGUUGAUGGUGUUAGUGGUGGGGUGGGCAGUUCAGCCUAACCUACCGUUAAUUUAACAUGUCUCUCCAUUUCCUCAGGGAAUCACUAGCUGUCCCUUGAAGAUUCUUGUUUGGGCAGUGCCCUGGUUUUGGAGGGGUCAUGUCAGCUCAGGCAUCCUGCAGGCUCUGCAGUAAGUAACGCAGUUGCCCAGUGCUGCCAUGAAGCUAUGUAUGCAGUGUUGAUGGGAGUGGAGGCCACUCUCUAAUCAUGGAUGCUUUUGCCUUUUCUGGAUUAUAUAAUGGUGGAACCCUUCUGCGUGUCAGCUGUGCAGUUUGGGGGAUUUUUGAGGAAUAAUUGUGGGAAUAACGUGUGCCCUUCAUAUCGAGCCAUGCAAGCUCCGGCGAGACAGCCAGUAGUUGUGGUGCGGCUUCUAGAAUCUUUUGUGGCUGAGGUUGUGUCUGGAGAGAAUGUUGUGAGCUAUGUUAAGGACAGUACCAUUGUGAGAUGAGUACACAAGCUGUGCUUUACCAGAGAACUAGAAGCUGCUGGGCUGCAUAAGGUUCUAGCCCAUGAAGUUAACACCGUGCUGGUCACCCUAUGCAGUAAACCAAAAACAUGUUGGCUCAUUGGAGCUAUCAGUUUGUCAAGUUGAGACUCCUUCAUGCUGAAAAGCAUUCCCUAUCUCCAGGUCUUAGACUAAAACAGAUUUGUUUAUAUGGUACCAAGGAUAAAAUAUUUCUGGUCACAACAGCAAAGUUGCUGGGAUUAUGCUCCAUUGAGCAGAUAACUUUAAUUUGGUGGGGGUUGGGGUGGGGGGAUGCGAAUUUGAUCAAGGUUUUCAUAAGUGAGGUGAGACUUAAUUGGAGACUUGGCAUAGACCUGAGUCGCAAAAUGGCCGCCUCCUGGAUUUUUAAAAAGACAGCUGUGCGAUAAUUGAAUCAAGACUGCUGAGUUACUUUUGGUGAGUGCAAUAGGUUUUUUGCAGUCUGACUGCACAUCGUCACUCGGAGACCACCAUUCAGUUGUAUCAAAAGUAUCCCUCUUGUUUCACAACCUCAAAUGAGAUUUGGACAGAGCUGCUCACGUUCGUCAUUCCAGGGAUUUCUGAUUUUCACAUUCUUCAACACCACAUUCCUAUUCCUCUGACAAAGCAAUGACUAUCUCCAACAAGAGAUAAUUUAACUGCUGCUCCUUGAUAUUCAAUGCUGUUGCUGUCACUGAAUCCCCUGCUAUCAACGUCCUGGGGGUUACCAUUGACCGGGAACUCAAUUGGAUUUGCCAUAUAAACACAGUGGCUACAAGAGCAGAUCAGAGGCUAGGAAUCCUGCAGCAAGUAACUUACUACCUGACACACCAAAGCCUGCCCACUGUCUACAAGGCAUUAGUCAAGACUGUGAGGGGAUAUUCCCUACUUGCCUGGAUGAGUGAAGCUUCAACAACGCUCAAGAAGCUUGACACCAUCCAGGACAAAAGCAGCCUUGCUUGAUUGACACCACAUCCACAAUCUUGAGUGAACCAUAAUGCUAUUGAACAUCGGCUUCGUGGGAAAUUACUUUUUUUUUAAGCCUUCCACUUGUCCUGACUAUAGAAGUGUUUACAACUGCAAGAUACUGUGAGGUGGGUGGGGGUGCGUGUGUGUGUGUGUGUGUGUGGCAUGAGGUCCCUGUGAAUAUAUGCCUUUUCUCACCACCUUUAUAAGAAAAGUACCAUAUUUGUUACUGAGACAAUGGUAAUUAAUAUUAUGAACAGUUAUGACUUCCUUUUGGGCUUUGGAGGGAGAAGGUAAUGUGAGUGAGCCUGUCUUUACACUUUGGUGCAGUAUUGAGGGACCUGGGGUAGAGUGUGAAGUUUAUGGAGCCAAUAUUUAGAUAUAACAAUAAAAAGUUGACUUUCUGCCCGGUUUUUUUGUGUGGGGGUGGGAGGGUGUGGUGGUGUGGGUUCUUUGUGUCAAGAGCCUCUCAUUACUGCACUUGACCCUUACAGCUUCAUGCUGUCCAGCAUGCAAACCAGUCAAGCAGCUGCAAAACUCUUUUGCUUUGAGAAUCUUCUCUUUGCCCUAACACCUGCCACAAAUACAAUUCUGGGUUGUGUUCUCUUGGCAUUCCUUUUUUAUUUGCCUUGAAAUCUCUCCUAGGCAGACUUGGGAGUAGGCAGGUAAUUUGUACCCAAACCUGUGCCUGAGACGAUUUCACUGAUCCAGUGGUUACUUAUCUCCGCCUCCCAAUUAUUUCUUCUGCGUUCAGACACGCUCAAUGCAUCAAAUAUCUUGACCAUCUCUCCCAUCUUCUCCAGUUAUACAAUCUCACACAGUUCUUCUAGAGGCUGUGAGAUUGCAAAACGUUCUGAUAGUACUCUGCAGUGAUAAUGCCAUCUGGUGUAAUUCAUAAAUCCAAGUGAUUGAUCAUUGCUCGCAGUCUUGAAUGCAACAGCUUAGGAGGUCUUGCAGCACAUCAGUCAGUGAGAUACUUUUGGGCUGUGAUUACUUAAAGCUUGGCAAAACGUGGUAGCUGGGUAAUAUGCAGCAAGCUCCCUUUUUUGGGUGUCUGGGCCCACAGAGCAUGGGAAGCAGAAAGGUGGCAAGAUGUCCUGUUUUGCUUUCUCUGAGAGAAAGAUUGGUCCUUUCUUUGUGGCAGAAACGCACAUUUUAAAACUCAUGCAUGAAAGCCCUGUCCUGCUUCACCCUCACAUGUCCCAUGAGAGACUUAACCCUAUCCCUGAUCCCCCUCAUUUGGAGCCCUAGCAGCUUGGAAAACGCCCUACCCCUACUUCAGUGAAUGCAUGAGCAACGUUUCCUUUCCGGCCAGCCCUGUAUUGACAUAAUGUGCUUUUUCUCAUAGGUAUGAUCAGUUUGACUACGAUAAUACUACCGACACCCGCUAUGCCCAAUGAACCGACGAUAUCCUCCUUCCUUCUCUUCCUCCUCCGCCGCCGCCGCUCUCCGAACAGAAGUUUGCUCUCUCGAGACGAAUACACGACCCCGUGAUCGCAGCACGACAGCACCGUGGCAUUUAAAACAAAAUUUAUAUCUCUUUUUCUCCAAAACAAAAUGAUACAUUCGCUGAGCCCUGCCUUGUGAUCCAUAGGUUCUGUAAACACACUUUAACGCUCUCUUUCUCACUGAUUGUGAUCGGAUGUUACUCGUCAAUUUUAUUUUGGUUUUCUUCCAGCCAACCCGACACCAUUUCCCCUCCUUUCCCUAAACACCAGAAAGAAACAAUAAACCUCACUUUGCCUCUUCCCCGCGGUAAAGGCCACAUUCACAUAACGUUCUUCCAGUCCAGUACUGCCUUUUAAAGAAGUGGGGAGCCUGUUCUGCUGUUUUCCCUUCCUUAAGGGACCGAUGGCUGUGAUAUUCACUUCCACGAUAUCUAAGUACCACUUGUGAUUUGACAGCAGGCUGCUUCUCUCGUGGGGAGCUGCUCUGGGUGGGGCCUGGUGUCCAACUCAUGGAUCGUACAGAAACAGCUUGAAGGGUGGUGUGUAUCAAGGCACCUGCCGCUCUUCCUUAUUUCAGCCCUGAAGGUGUAAAUCACAGUGGCUGUAGGACCUGUGAAGCUGAAUGGGCUCCCCCCCACUUUAAAUAAUCCUCACACUUAAUUAACUGUACCGCCACUGUGAAUCAUCAACCACACAAUUCAAAGCUGCAUUUCAGGCACUCUGUCUCAGACGGAUGCUGCAUUCCUGCACCUUGCUGCUCGGAUUCAUGCUGCCAAGGGAUGCACAGGAGCAGACAGGCCGUCUCCUACGUGGUUGUGCUUUCUUUCAUUUUAGUCCUUUAUCCUUCUGCAGCCUCGAGUCCACUCACGGGCAGCGUGGCAGAGUGUGUGACCCGUAAUUCACCGGCUGGCUUUACAGGUAAUGGUCCAAUUUUGCUGAGAAACCGGCUCCUCCCAACCCCCUUCCCCACCCCUCAAAGAAAUGUUCUCACUGCUAAAUUUCACCACCAAAAGCAAUGACAUGCUGUCAUUGGUGCCGUCGAACUUGAAUGAAGAGGAAGCCAGGGUGGGGAGACUGGCAGGCAUUUUCAUAUUUUCCGGUGUUUGGCUCUUUGGACUUGCUGCACAAGGGCAGAAUGUAUGUUUCCAAACAGAUUGAGAUUGGAAGUGUGUGUACGUAUGUGUGUCUGUGACUGGGAUUGUAUGUUUCAAAUGAUUGCCAUGGCAACACUGCCAACAUGGGAUGAUUGAUUGAAUUUCCUUCUGGGCAGAGUCAAAGUCCUGCAGCAUUCGUGUCUGAGGGCUAGAUGAAGACUCCUUGAAACGGGUAUGGUUUUUGUUUGAGGCAAUAAGGACAUGGUUCCAUCAUGAUGUCACCUAUAGUUGAACAUUAAAUUUACCCUAGGUAUUAUGGAUGACCCUCCUGGGCAAUGCCAAUGGGGAACUGCCACUUGCAUGAACAUAACCAGUGUGAUCUGGCAUCUUGGGUGAGGGUGGGUGGUGAAAGAGAAACAGCAAGAUAGGGUUUUCUGUGGGCUGUUGGGUAGUGAGUGGAUGGAAGAGUAGAAGAAUUGGGGGGAGGUGAGUUUACAUGUCUCAUGUUACACAAUUUAAAAUGAGGUUUGUUUAAUUUUCUUUAACUAUGAUAAUGAUUUAGUUUGUCAUAAUUGCCUAUGCUAGAGAACCAGUGUCUGAAAUUAGAGUUGGACAGGGGAUGGGGAGGGGUGUUUGUAUCGUAACAUGUAGUGAAAUUCAAUAAAAUUAGUCUGAAAUA